AUGCCUAUCCUAAUCGCAUACGCUACAUCGCAUGGGUCAACGCGCGAAAUAGCUGACCGCAUCGCCUCACGCCUACAUGCCAACGGCUUAGCCGUUGACUGCCGGCCUGUCGACCACGUUUUCAGCGUCGAGAACUACAGCGCGGUCAUCCUGGGCAGUGCCGUGCAUGGGUCUAGAUGGCUCCUAGACGCACAGAAGUUCCUCGACGUCGAAGCCAUGGGACUCCAAAUGAAGCCGACCUGGGCUUUCAGUGUUGGAAUGGCCCCCACGGUCAGGGGCUCCAAGUGGGUGAGAGAUCGAGCUGUGAGGAGAGAAUCCCAGGACAUCAAGGAGACGAUUUCGAGGAAGGUGCCCAAGGUCCGGGAUCACCAUCUGUUCGCAGGGAAGGCCGACGGAUUGGCCAUGUCGGGGCCUAUGCGUUGCUUGUGGAGUUGCAUGGGCGGGCGGUUUGGAGACUACCGCGACUGGAAUGAGAUUGACGAAUGGGCGGAUGUGAUUGCCAAGGAGUUGAAGCUCGAAGGCAUUUGA